UGUUGCUGUUGCUCUCUUUCAGCCUCACGUGUGGGCACAGAACACAUAUUGUUGGGAGAACAGCACAGCACAUCAUGCCGUCGCUAUUCCCCACCUUCAGCGCCCUGAGCGCGACAUUCGGUGAAGCUACACCCUACCAAUCCACACCCAAGCGCAAAGACAUCAGCCACUUGUAUACAUCCUGGGACGUGACAGAAGAUGCAGAGAACAAGGCCACGCAGCUGAGCGACAAGGCAGCUGCAGAGCUCGCCAAAGCCAGCAACAUUGCGCAAGAGAAGACGGGCAAGAUUGAGCUGUACAGCGGGAAAUACUAUGCUGCAUGCACGUUCGGGGGUCUCAUGGCCUGUGGUCUCACCCAUUGGGGUGUCACUCCACUCGAUCUAGUGAAGUGCCGUCGUCAAGUCGAUUCCAAACUUUACAAAGGCAACAUCGAGGGCUGGCGCACAAUCAUCCGUGGUGAAGGUGUCCGAGGCUUGUACACCGGUGGCUCGCCAACUUUCUUCGGUUACUCGAUCCAGGGAGCGCUCAAGUACGGCUGGUACGAGUUCUUCAAGAAGUUUUAUUCGGAUCUCGCGGGCGAGGAGAAUGCGGUCAAGUAUAAGACGGGAAUUUACCUGGCUGGUUCGGCCUCGGCAGAAUUCCUCGCAGAUAUUGGUCUUUGUCCUUUGGAAGCCGUCAAGGUGAGGAUGCAGACGACUAUGCCACCUUUCGCCAAGGGAACUUUCGAUGGUAUUUCCAAGAUUGUCGCCGCCGAAGGUGUUGGAGGUCUGUACAAGGGCAUCGGUCCGCUUUGGGGUCGUCAAAUCCCGUACACCAUGAUGAAAUUUGCUUCCUUCGAAACCAUUGUCGAGAUGAUCUACGCCCGCUUGCCCAAGCCCAAGGAGGAAUACUCCAAGGCUGCCCAGACGGGAGUUGCUUUCACCGGUGGUUAUAUGGCCGGUAUCCUCUGCGCUAUCAUCUCCCAUCCCGCCGAUGUUAUGGUGUCCAAGCUUAAUGCCAACAAGAAGGCCGGAGAGUCUGCUGGAGCUGCUAUGGGUCGGAUCUACAAGGAAAUCGGUUUCUCUGGUCUUUGGUCGGGUCUGCCCGUCCGUAUCGUAAUGAUCGGAACGCUAACUGGCCUACAAUGGAUGAUUUACGACUCAUUCAAGAUCUUUAUGGGCUUGCCGACGACCGGUGGUGGUGGCCAGAAGGCUGAGGAGAAGAAGUAGUAGUUUCGAAGUGAACAGGUAGUCAGCGAGGGGUGAGUGCUUCACCACACUCUGGAGAAGACCUGGAGCCUGUCCUGAGGAUGGAACAGUACUGUAGUAUACACCUGUGAUGAUUAAUGAAGAAAGCUUGAUGCGUGGAAAGAACAGUUGACUCUUGAGAGAUACCUCCCUGUGUCUUCCACUGCAUUGAUGUUGAGCCUCACCGGACUCACCAGGCCCC